AUGCUUCCCCUAAAUCGAUUUCAAUUGUGCGUUAAAUCACAGAUUGGGCUGCGACCAUUUCAAUCCUUGACAAAGUUAAAAGCAUACAGUCCUGCUAGUCAUGGAUGUGUCAAGACGGGUCAGUUUGUGAAUUUGGUGCCACGGUUCCCACUCCUGGCAGCUUUGAAUCCCCGGAUGAAUCUUUUACAUUAUAACCAGAAUAUUUUGGUCUCUCCUGUGAAGAUGGCGCUUCGAAAUUUCCAUUCUACGCCGAGAAACAUGGUACUUGGUGGACGGGAUCCUUUCAGAAAAAGUCCCUUUAACAAUCCCAGAUUUAUCUUUUCAAUCAGCCCUUUUUCCUUUAUUCUUUCCACGUUACUGUUCGCUGGAUUCAUAACAAUGAUAGUAUUUGUUUUGCCUUUCUUACUUGCUUUGCUUUUCCCGAUGGUGAUAUUUGGAAUAGGGUGGUAUCAAUUCAAAGCUUUUAGAACCAGGAAACUUAUGCAGCUUUUGGAUCAUGCUUUCAAUCAAACUAAGAUGAAGCUUUCAUCCACCACAAGGAGAGAAUUGAUAAUGAAGCAAAUGGUCCCAAAAUUCAAGUCAUUUACCCAGCUAAAGGACUUCAGCGGAUUCCCCUUCAAGCUCUCUCAAGCAUUUACAGAUAAGUUUCAAUCGGGAGAAUUUCCCAACGCAGACAGAUUUCUUUCCUUUGUGAAAUCGAGAUUAGAUGAGAGUUUCUAUAAAAACGAACACAACAUCAAAUCCAUAGUUUUAGGAAGUGAUACAGCUUAUGUUCCAGGACACAUGGAGUUAGUAACAAACUCGUACUCUUUUGUUUCCAGCGUCAGAAAUAACGAAAACAUCCAAGCUUUUUCAUUUAUGCUAUUGAACAUGGGUUCUGAGGGAGUCCGUAAACCAGUUGCAUUGGUUUACAUCGUUACAAAGGCAAACCCAGGGGACGAAUUGUUGAUGUUCACUGGUGACUACAUUGAUGAUUCUAAGUUAUCCCCGAUGGUCAUCUAUGUACGUGCUCUCAGCCCAUUUUCGAAAUGUUGCUUCAUUACAGACGUCGGAGAAACUGGAGCAAAUGCACAAUAUAGUGUAAAACGAAAAAAGGACGGCAGUAAAGAAUACACGUACGAAAGUGAUUAA